UCUAUCUACCCAUAUGCCACAUCUGCAUAAACGGAGUAGUCUCCUAAGCAACGGUGAAGAGGAGUGAGACGUAUUCUCUUUCAAUAAGCCUAUAGAGACAUACAGACAUAUAGCUAGAGAACAGCUGGUCAUGGGGAAUUGCCCCGUCAAAGUCCGAUCCAAUAUGCCAACCCUUGAGAAUCUAACUGAACCUGCAAUGUCAGACAAUAACAAGCCCAUGGUGGUGUCCCUCUAUGACUUCCCGUCCCAAGGUCCCUUGGAAUCCGCCAUCCGCAUGGGGGAGAGGCUCACUGUGUUAUCAGAUGAUGGGGAUUUUUGGAUGGUGCGAUCCACAACAACAGGCAAUGAGAGUUACAUCCCAAGCCACAACACUGCCAAAGUAAUAAACAGUUGGCAGUAUAAUGGCAUCAGCAGGUUAAAGGCAGAGGAGCUGCUGCUGCUGCCACACAAUUACACAGGGGCUUUCCUGAUCCGACAGAGUCAGACAAACACAGACACCUUCUCGCUCUCGGUCCUUGGGAGGACGGACUCCUCGUACAUGGGCACAGUGAAACACUACCGCAUCCGUCGCCUCCAAAACGGCUGGUUCUACAUCUCCCCCAGCCUCACCUUCUACUCUCUGGGCCAAUUGGUGGAACACUACUCUGAGUCAGCAGAUGGGUUGUGCUGUUUACUGAGGGAGCCUUGCGUCAUCCAAGGCUCAAACAAUACUAAUAUGACCAGACCCUAUCCCAAAGCUAUCAGGAGGCCCACCCUCAACUGGAAGGACGUAGACAGCUCAAUGAUCUUCAGUAAUGCCAGAGUGGAUUCACAGGACUCUCUGGUGAGCAAGGGGCUGAGGGAGGCCAUGAGCUCAUACCACUACAUGACAGAGGCCAGCUGCCAGGACUGUGGCAAACACUGGGAUACCUGUUGAGAGGGAAGACUGUGAAAUUAAAAUAAUAAUACAUAAUACUGUCUGGUCUGCUGCUGCCCCGGCCCAACAGUACUAGGCCAGAAAGGGUGACCUACACAAAAGCAAAGAGGAAGUUAAAAAUAAGUAAGCCUACCAUUUACAACCACAAUGAAAAAAUGAAAACUACAAGCAUGUCUUGAUGGUUAAAUAUGGGUUUGGGUUCAGGUAGCCACAGGGAGCCGUGUUACGUGGCACUUCUAAUGCUAGCGGUUCUUGUUCUCAAGAGCACAUUUCACAAGGUGAAACUAAUGAUUUAUAUAUACACUAGAUGACUGACAGGGGUUGCGCCUCCAUCUUGUCACUUCCCCACCCUUGCAAAAAAUAUUUAGGAAGCUAUAGAAAUGCAUUUAUUAAUGUCUACAUUUGUUUUUGCCACGUUUAUUCUAUUACAGACAC